AGGUGAAGCCGGUCCCAGCUGAGGGGCGCCACAGCUGCCCUAUAUAAGGGAGGGACAGCCGCUGCUCAGCAUCAGUGUCCCGACACAGCUCUCACCAUGAAAUUUGUGAUCCUCGCCGCCCUGGCCGCCAUGGCCCUCGCCGCCCCCAGGCCAGACUCCUACAGCGCCCCGGCGGAGGAGUCCAGCGAGGAGGUCAUCCCCAUCCUGAGGGACGACCGUGUCCACGAGGAUGACGGCCGCUACACCCUGGACGUGGAGACUGGCAACGGCAUCGUGCUCUCCCAGUCCGGCUCUCCCGACGGUCCCGAAGACUCCAUCAUCAAGUCCGGACACUACUCCUACACCGCCCCCGACGGAACCUUCGUUGAGGUCAAGUUCGUCGCUGACGGCAACGGCUACCAGCCCGAGUCUGACCUGCUGCCCGUGGCCCCCGCCUUCCCCCACCCCAUCCCCCAGUUCGUGCUGGACCAGAUCGCCUUCGCCGCCGAAGAGGACGCCAAGCGCGCCCGCGGUGAGCUGGACUCCGAAGAAGCCGAAGAAGGCGAAGGAGACGACGCCCCCUCCACCUCUUACGGAAGCCCCGAGUAGAAGGAUGCAAGGAGACAGUGUACAUCUAAUUUAUUAUGCAUGAAUGGUAAUAAAAUUCUCUGGAAAAGUA